GGUGGCUGGGUGUGUGGGAGGCAGGCACGCUCCCUUUCCUGGACUCUAGGCUGGAGGGGAACAUUGCUGCAGUAGGUACUCCCGCCCCAAGGGCCUCUGGAGUUGGAGUCCGGAGUCCUAAGAGGCUCCUCAGGGUGCCUUAGGCCUGCUCCAGUGCCAGCCAUCGGCUCCGCUCGCUCCACGGUCUGUUUCUCGUCCCUGCCACCUCGCUUAUCCUAAAGCCCGCUUCACCACGUUCUGCCAGGCGUUCUCUGACUCCUGUCUCCCAGACCGGCCUCUCCCAGGGUUGUCUCGGCUCCAUCAGCGCCGGUCGGUGCCGCUCUUUCCUCCCCUCUUCCUCUCCUCCCUCCUCUCCAUCUCUCCUUCCUUUCCCCUCCCUCUCCCUUCCCCCUUUCCUCCCUCUCCCUCUCGGCUCCCGCAGUUCCCUCGGGCAGCCGGCCGGCGGCUCUGACACGAUGCUCCGGCUCCUCUGGUUGUUGCUGCUCCUGCUGCUGCUGCCUCCCCCGGGGUCCCCCGAACCCCCCGGCUUGGCCCCGCUGUCCCCGGGGGCGCCCCCUCAGGCCCCCGACUUGCUCUACGCCGACGGGCUGCGCGCUUACGCGGCCGGGGCCUGGGCGCCGGCUGUGGCUCUGCUGCGGGAGGCGCUGCGGAGCCGGGUGGCGCUGGGCCGCGCGCGGCGGGACUGCCAGGAGCGCUGCGCCGCCGAGCCGGGGGCCGCGCUCCCCGCCCUGCUCGCCGCUGCCCCGGGGCCCGGAGCGGCGCGGGGCGCCUGGGAGCCGCUGCUACUCCGUGCCGCGCUCCGGCGCGCCGAGUGCCUGACCCAGUGCGCCGCGCGGAGGCUGGGCCCGGGGGGCGCGGCGCGGCUCCGCGUGGGGAGCACGCUCCGGGACGCCUUCCGCCGCCGGGAACCCUACAACUACCUGCAGAGGGCCUACUACCAGCUCAAGAAGCUGGACCUGGCCGUGGCCGCAGCGCACACCUUCUUUGUAGCAAACCCCACACACCUGCAGAUGCAGGAGGACAUGGCUAAGUACCGACGGAUGCCUGGGGUUCGGCCCCAGAGCUUCCGAGACCUGGAGACGCCCUCAUAUUGGGCAGCCUAUGACACUGGCCUGGAGCUACUGGGGCGCCAGGAGGCCGGGCUGGCACUGCCCCGGCUAGAGGAGGCCCUGCAGGAGAGCCUGGCCCAGAUGGAGAGCUGCCGGGCUGGCUGUGAGGGGCCUGAGGAGCAGCAGAGGGAGGAGGAGGAAGAGGGCACCGGGAGCCAGGGGGGUCUCUAUGAGGCCAUUGCUGGGCAUUGGAUUCGGGUCCUGCAGUGCCGGCAGCGCUGCGUGGGGGACACAGCCACACGUCCUGGUCGCAGCUUUCCUGUCCCCGACUUCCUUCCCAGCCAGCUAAGGCGGCUGCAUGAGGCCCAUGCUCAGGUGGGGAAUCUGUCCCAGGCGGUGGAAAAUGUCCAGAGCGUCCUGCUCUUCUACCCAGAGGAUGAGGCUGCCAAGAAGGCCCUGGACCAGUACCAGGCGCAGCUGGGAGAGCCGAGACCUGGCCUCGGGCCGAGAGAGGACAUCCAGCGCUUUGUCCUUCGAUCCCUGGGGGAGAAGAAACAGCUCUACUAUGCCAUGGAGCACCUGGGCGCCAGCUUCAAGGAUCCUGAUCCCUGGACCCCAGCAGCUUUCAUCCCUGAAGCCCUUAGACAAAAGCUCAGAGAGGAUCAGGAGAAGAGGCCUUGGGACCAUGAACCGCCUCAGCCAAAGCCCUUGACUCACUGGAAGGAUGUCCUUCUUCUGGAGGGAGUGACCCUGACCCAGGACGCCAGGCAGCUGAAUGGAUCAGAGCGAGCGGUGCUGGAUGGGCUGCUCACCCCAGCUGAGUGUGGGGUGCUGCUGCAGCUGGCCAAGGAUGCAGCCGAGGCUGGCGCCAGGUCGGGCUAUCGAGGCCGCCGCUCUCCACACACCCCCCACGAACGCUUCGAGGGGCUCACGGUGCUCAAGGCUGCGCAGCUGGCCCGAGCUGGGGCGGUGGGCAGUCAGGGUGCUCAGCUGCUCCUGGAGGUGAGCGAGCGCGUGCGGACCCUGACACAGGCCUACUUCUCCCCGGAGCGGCCCCUGCAUCUCUCCUUCACCCACCUGGUGUGCCGCAGCGCCAUAGAAGGAGAGCAGGCGCAGCGCAUGGACCUGAGCCACCCGGUGCACGCGGACAACUGCGUCCUGGACCCCGACACUGGGGAGUGCUGGCGGGAGCCCCCAGCCUACACCUAUCGGGAUUACAGUGGACUCCUCUACCUCAACGAUGACUUCCAGGGCGGGGACCUGUUCUUCACAGAGCCCAAUGCCCUCACCGUCACGGCUCAGGUGCGUCCUCGCUGCGGACGCCUCGUGGCCUUCAGCUCCGGUGGGGAGAAUCCCCAUGGCGUUUGGGCCGUGACGCGGGGACGGCGCUGUGCCCUGGCCCUGUGGCACACGUGGGCACCGGAGCACAGGGAGCAGGAGUGGACAGAAGCCAAAGAGCUGCUGCAGGUGCCAGAGGAGGAGGGGGAAGAAAUGCCCAGCAGAGACCCUGCCCCAGAACCCCCCAGCCGCAGGCUUCAGCGGGCCCAGGACAAGGCUGGGAAGCCGCCUCGGGUCCGAGAGGAGCUGUGAGGGGCCGAGCCAGCUCCUUGGGGAUGUGCCUCGUGGAGGGUCUGCCUUGGUGCCAGGACCCAGGAGAAGUCCCCAUGUGACAGGAGCAGAACAGCGAGCUCCCUGUCCCUGCACCCCCACCAUCUCGGGGAUCCCAAGGGCCGUGCAGCCCUGGACUCGGAGGACACUGCACGGACUGGCCCAGGGAGCCAGGCCGGACCCAGCUGAUGGAGUGCUGGCCCUCGGACAGACAGAAGAUUCCAUACUGCCCUGGGAGUGGCUGGGGGUAGGGCCCGGCUGCUUUAAGUGAGAAGGAUGUGGGGGGGGGGGGAAGAAGAACCCCACUGCCCUCUCCCAGCCUGUCAAUAAAAAUCCUGAAGAUUCCUCA